UUUACCUAUGAAGAAUUAGAAUAUAAUUUAGGGGUAGCAUCUUAUACCGUUCUUGAAUCAAGAAGACAUGCUGUAUUGAAUGGUUUUGGUGCUCCACCUAUUGAAAAGCCAAAAUUUCAUCGUCUAAAGUUUAAAAUAGAGCAAAUUGAUCAGUUUGAUAGUUUUUUCAUGAGAAAGGAUAUUGUCAACAUGAGCUCUUACCGAACUCAUUUAAAAUCAGGAUUACCUAUAAUGUAUUUACAGGACCAUAAGCAGGCUCUUUGGGAGAAAUUUUCUGAAGAGUAUCCAAAUGGAAUGCGUCUUACAGCAUUUAUGACACGUUUACAAGGUAGUAGAUUUGUUUAUCAAGAUAAUUUAUGUGGUCUUUGCUCAGAAUGCAAUGAAUGUGGAUAUGAGAGCUUUGCGUCUAUUAAUACCAUUAUUGCUACUCAUGUAGAAGAUGAAUCUUUGAAGGAGGAGUUAACUCGAAAAUUGAAUAUUUUGAGAAGAUAUAUGAGGCGUGAAUACAUAAAGUAUUUGAAAAUUACCUCUUCAGGAAUUCUGGCACAUAAAUCUUGCAUAUGCCAUUGCCUUAGCCAUUCCUUUGGAAUUUGUAAUCUUCAGCAUUUUGAAAUAUGUAACGAUUGUGUAGAAUUAUUCCAAUUUUUUGAUCUAAUAAAAAAUCAGGUAGAUGAAGAAUUACAUGAAUUAUUAGAUGAUUAUUUGAAAAAAUUAAUUUCAUGGUUAGGACAUCAUGCAUGAAAGUUUUAUUUAAAUACUCACGUUCAGGUUAAUCUUGAUGAGUUAGAUGAAGAUGGAGCAGUUAUUAUAGUGGACUAUAAAAUGAGGAUACUUCCGCACACUGCAAGGGAAACAAAAUCUCAAUUCUUUGGUAAAAGGGGUUGGACUCUACAUUCAUCACUAGUAUAUACAAAAGAUAUUACAAAUAACAA